AUCCGUCCUCUCUCCAUCUUCCGCUUGGCAUACUCGUCGCCCAUUUCCACGGCCUCGCCACUCCUCUCCUUUGCAUCUGCUCCUGCCCACUCUCAACGCUACCAUGCGCCGCCGCCCGUAGCCACUCCCAGUAUUUUGUUUUUUUUUUUCAGUUAAAUCUUUUCCUAAUACGCGUCCGCCAUGAAAUACGGCAAAGAGUUUCAGCACAUCCUCGACGCUUCCGACUUUCCGGACGACUGGAAGACGAGCGCCAUCGAAUACCGCAAGCUCAAGAAGCUCAUUAAGAAUGUUCAAGCCGAGCUCGAGGGCAUGGGCCUCUCUCCGGCCGUUCUGCGCCAGCUCCUCGUCACCGAUGCAUCGUCCGGACCGGGAGCACCGGGGCCUUCGCGAAGCAGCACGGCCGCGUCGGACCCAACCUCCGAGCCGGAGUUCGAGCCGGAGUUCUUCGAGUUCGAGUUUGAUCCUGCGGGGCCAUCGAGCCCGAAGGAGGUGCUGCUUGACCCAGUCUUCGACGGCGACGAUGAGGAAACACCCGUGACACCCCGAUUCCGCGUGCGCAUGCUGUCGGAGAGCGAGGGCACCAGCCUCGGUACUUCUCCUGCGCCGAUAAGCGUCGCGGAUCUCAUGUUGCGAAGCGAGCGAGGCCGGGCAUCGUCGCCGAUCUCUAUGUCGCCGGCGCGAGUCGGAAGCCCGUCCAACCUGGGACGCGUGGUCAAGGCGGACGGCGUGACGGCACAGUACGUGCUCGCGGGGGACGAGAGCAAUCCCGUCCCUCAGAUCCGGUUGAGUGUCCUGGCCGAGUCGCUGCCGAUGACGAGGUCGACUACUGCGCUCUCCAGUUCGCCACGGGAUGGGGACAGCGACACUGAUCUCACGGACCAGACGGACGCGGAAAGCGACAUCUUGGAGAUUCCGCACGAGCCCGAGCUGCCUGCGUCUCCCGCGUUGCUCAAGAUGCGCACUGCCAUGUCGCCGAUAUGGACGCUAGCUUCGGCAGGACAAGCUGCGCAGGGCAUGGCCGAGCUUAACCUCGGGGAGGCGGCUGCGCCACGACGGCGCGCUGAUGUGGAGUUGGACCUCGAUGCCACACCGACGAUGCGCCCAUUCAGCGGCGCGGCACCUGUCUCUGUUGACAUAGGGAACGCCGCCAUCGAUCCAAUUGAUGACCUGUCGCAUGGCACGUCGCCGGAGCCGCGCGAGUUCAUCAUCCCCCUCCAGUCGGACAUGGCCUUCUUCAGUGUGCUCACGGCGGCGCUCACGUCUCUGUCCAGGUUCCAUGCUGCCCAGCAGGCGCAAUUUCACGCCGAUGUUGAAGCUCUCUGCCGGUCCAUCGGCGAGAGCAUCACGCCAGGCGACGGCGUCACGGUGCUUCCGACGCCCCUGAACUCUGGCGGGCCAGGGACGGUGACUAAGUACGAGUAUAAGAGCACGACACCGAGCCAGAAGGACCUGUACGCUUGGCGCGACAUCUUUGCGUUAUGGGUUGAAAGCGAGAUCUUCGAGAGCAGCAGCGAGCGGGACCGAGGCGAGCGCAGCGUGGACGAGGCCGAGCGCCGGCUGCAUGCGUUUGCAGCGGAGGUAGUGCGUCGCGGCCUCGGGGAUCGGCGCACGAUCCGAGGCAAGAAGACGCGCAAGGCCUGGGACGACUUUCUGAAACUCAAUGUGCGCCUCUUGGAUCUCAAGCGGUUCCAGCUGGCCAACAUCAACGCGGCGCGCAAGAUUCUCAAGAAGCACGACAAACGCACGGCGCUCACGGCCAGCACGGGGCUGGCGUCGUUUGUGCGCAGCACACUCGCGACGCAUGUCGACAAGCACGGUAACGUCAACAUGUGGACAUUCUACAACACGUCGCUCCCGCACGUGCUGCUCGCCAGUAUGACUGAGACGCUGUUGCCGAUCUUGCCGUCGCUCGACGACUUUGCGUGCCUCAUCUGCAUGUCGAUUGCGUUCAAACCCAUCCGCCUGACGUGCGGGCAUCUUUUCUGUGUACGCUGCCUUGUUAAGAUGCAGCAGCGGGGCAACGACAGCUGCCCGCUGUGCCGGAGCAAUACUGUGUUGCUGGCUGAUCGAGGCUGCCUCGAUGUCACACUCAUGAACUUUAUGAAAGACUGGUUCCCGCGCGAGGUGCGCGCCAAACAGCUCGAGGCCACGGCGGAGAUUGCGCGCGAAAGCCUCGAAGAUGCGGCGGGUGUGCGCCCCACCGAGCGCGACAGGGGGUGCGUGAUUAUGUAGGGUGUAGGCAUAUAGUACAUGUACAACAUUAUUCGUCUGGGUCGCGCUCGAGGCCCUGCAUCAUGCCCAUGGCCUUUGUGAGGAACGGCUUGAGCUCGCAUAGUUCCAUGGGCGUGAGAUUUGUGACCUUUUGUCAGCGCCAGUG